AUGCCAUGCAUGCAUGCUGAUGACAAGCGGAGGAUACUCCAUCCCCAGGCAGAGUUCGCCCUCGGAUCCGAAGACGCCACGAAGAUGAAGCUCUUGUGGCACCCACGUUUUCUCACUCCCAACACGAUCCCCCGCUACAACACAGGGAAUACGAGGCAGGCAACCAACAGAUCUCGGAUGAAUGAAUGCGAUGCAACAAAGCUAGUGGUUGGAGCUGGAGCUGGAGCUGGAGCUGGAGCUGCCCGAUCCAGUCCGCAUGCGGGUGAUGAAAUUAUUUUAUCCGCCUCCGAUGCGAAGCACGAUCUCGCUGCCGAGGAUCGGGAUAUCGGCGCCACGCUAAGCUUAUGUUCCGUCCGGCAAAGGCGUGUUAGCUUGCUCCGGGCACUUUGA